UGUCUUAAGAGGGUAAAUAUUCAGUCUAAACAUGAAAUACAUCUAAUUAAAGAAAAUGUACGGCUUGUUACAAUUCUGGGAUUGCAACUGCGAUUGAGUGAAAACCAGCAUGCAAGCAGGCACGCCAGCACCGAGGCUGGGAAUCAUUGGAUUAGACCAUGAUAAAAAAGCUUCAUAUAGUGACAUAAAAAGACACAAGAACAGUCUUCAUCAUCCAGUAGCUCAGUAACCAAACAUAAAUACAAAUAAUUGAGCCAUUCAAAUAAUUAUGAGAUGCUGGCAUGAAAUCCAGAAACGUAUAUGGUUAUUUAUCCCGCCUUUGUAAUAUUUUAUAAUAUUUUCCUACUGUAGCAAAAUGAGCUAUUGAGCUAUUGUAUGAGCUAUUUAUAGAAAUGGUUAUCUGUUCUUCCUGUAUAUAGAAAGAAAGAUAGCAAAAAGAGAGAGACCGAGGCAGAGACAGACGGACAGAGAGAGGGAGAGGGAGCAGAUAUCUGCAUGUUAAAUGACAACAUAUUAACCAAAUAUCUGAAUUUCUGCAUUCUCCUGCUAGUUCUGCAUCUCUUCUUCUUCUUCUCUCUCAAUAGUUAAAGUGUUUCAUUAGCCGCAAUGAGUGAGGUAUUUUAUUCAUCUAUGAAGUUCAAGCAGAACUUUAGGCAGGGGACUGCAGCAACUCCGGAUGAAGACGUAACCUAUUCUGAGGUCAAAACCAUCAACCCUACCGCCUCCAACACAGUGUGCCACUGUGGUUCAGCAGAGCACAGUGGGCAAAGCUCACUUCCCUACAGACGGGCUACAGUGAGUCUGGGGCUGCUGUGUGCUCUCUUAUUGGCUGCCACAGUAGUCCUGUGUGUCCUCUAUACAAGUCUAUCAGAGAACUAUUCAAUGUUGGAGAGAGAUCUGGAGGAGCUCAGAAGCAACUACAGCACCAUGAAUACAGAGAAAGUCCAGCUACAGGGCAGUGUGCCUAACCCCUGUCCACAGGGCUGGGCACAGUUCUCUUCAAAGUGUUACUACUUCUCUAAUGAGAUGAAGAGCUGGACAGACAGUCGCAGUGACUGCAUUAAAAGAGGAGCUGACCUGGUGAUUAUAGAGAGUGAAGAGGAACAGCGGUUCAUCAACAAAAAAAUAAAAAACUUCACCUGGAUUGGACUGAGUUACUCAGCAGCUAAGGGUAACUGGCUCUGGGUGAAUGGAACCCCUUUGCAGAAAGGGUAAGAAUUCUUACAGAAACAGCACAGGACGUAAAAAUAUAGACAGACACAAUCAUGUAUAAUUUUAAACAACAUCUUGGCAGAUCAGAAAUAUGAAUGUUCCUCUGAUGGUAGCCAGUCUAAGGUUUGUGUUACUGCAGGGAAAUAUGUCACUGGGUAUGUUUCUGGUUAUGAUAGUGCAUAUGUGUACUUGACCCUUUUUAUCUUUAAUAUUGUUCUGUUUGUACAAUGAGGUUGAUUUAAUGAGUACAGCUAAUCCAGAAUUAUCUUCCAACAAGAUAUAUUUCCGCUGUCUGAACUCUCUCAUAGAUGGCAAUAGACAGAGAGUGAGAAGGAGUCACUGUAUCUCCGUAGGAAACAGCAGAGAAGUAGAGCUUCUGUGUCUCAGUCUUUGCUUCCUUUACAGAUUCUGGUGGAGUGGAGGGCCAGAUGAUGAGAAUCGAUAUCAUUGUGCCCUGAUUAGCACUACAUUGAAUGCAUGGAUUACUAUUUACUGUUCUCAUAAGAUUAAUUUCAUCUGUGAGACUAAUGCUCUGCUCCCCUAAACCAUUUUUUAUCAUUGUAUGUUUUUGGUUCUCUCAUCUUGUAAGAGGCCGUUGACCAUGCCAGCUUUGACAGUCAAACACAGGACCAAUAAGCAGACCACAAUUUUACCGUUUCUGUUGGGAAUAUAUGGAAUAUACAUACUGCUGUCUUUACUAGAAAUGUAUCUGUGAGACUAAGCUUUAUUAAAUGCAUUGAAAUGACUGUACAUGCAGAGUAGAUUUAAGCUAUUACAUUAUUGGUUCUAUGGACAUAUAGUAAGUAUAAAAAAUCAAAAACCAUACAUUUUAAAUGGUCCUCAUCUUGCUGUUGUGAUACCGUAAAUUUAAAUUGAAAUC